GAUAAUGGCAAGUGUACUGAAAUUCCCUUCUUUCAAAUUCUUAAACCCUAACCCCAUCUCCUCCACCUCCGCGUCUGUUCAGGUGGGGUUCCGUAGAUUUUCUUGCUCGGCUCCAUCUUCAGCCGCCGUCGAAGGCGAUUCCAAUAUUGGAUCGGUUUCCCUCGGUCAUCUCACUAGGCCCGAUUUUCCCAUUCUCCACCAGGAGGUAAAUGGCUCAAAACUUGUCUAUUUGGAUAAUGCAGCAACCUCACAGAAGCCUACUGUGGUUUUGAAGGCUUUGCAGAAUUAUUAUGAAGCCUACAAUUCGAAUGUGCACCGUGGGAUUCAUUUCUUGAGUGCAAAGGCCACAGAUGAGUAUGAGUCUGCAAGGAGAAAGGUGGCAGCUUUCAUCAAUGCGUCUGAGCCUGGAGAGAUCAUAUUUACAAGGAAUGCUACUGAAGCUAUCAAUCUAGUAGCUUACUCUUGGGGCCUUUCAAAUUUAAAACCAGAAGAUGAGAUUGUACUCACAGUUGCUGAGCAUCAUAGUGCUAUUGUCCCUUGGCAACUUGUAGCUCAAAAGACUGGUGCCAUUUUAAAGUUUGUUAAUUUGACUGAAGAUGAAGUUCCAGAUGUAAAGAAGUUGAAAGAAAUGAUUUCGAGGAAGACAAAGCUUUUGGUUGUUCACCAUAUCUCAAAUGUGCUUGCUUCUGCUCUUCCUAUUUAUGAUAUUGUGCAUUGGGCACAUGCUGUUGGGGCGAAAGUUCUGGUAGAUGCUUGUCAAAGUGUUCCACAUAUGGUGGUUGAUGUGCAGAGGCUGGACGCUGACUUUCUUGUUGCUUCGUCUCACAAGAUGUGUGGGCCUACAGGCAUCGGAUUCUUAUAUGGCAAGAGUGAACUCCUUUUUGCCAUGCCUCCUUUCUUAGGUGGAGGUGAAAUGAUUUCAGAUGUAUUUCUAGACCAUUCCACUUUUGCUGAACCUCCCUCCAGAUUUGAGGCCGGAACACCAGCGAUUGGGGAAGCCAUUGGGUUAGGAGCAGCUAUUGAUUAUCUAUCAGCAAUUGGCAUGCAAAAGAUUCAUGACUAUGAGGUAGAGCUGGCUAAUUAUCUAUAUGAAAGCCUGCGUUCAGUCCCUGGAGUUCAUGUUUAUGGUCCAGCACCUUCGCAAACUGUCUUCCGUGCUGCUCUUUGUUCUUUCAAUGUUGAGAAUAUCCACCCAACAGAUAUUGCAACUUUCCUUGAUCAACAGCAUGGAGUUGCCAUCAGAUCGGGUCACCACUGUGCCCAGCCCCUCCAUCGGCAUUUAGGUGUGAGUGCAAGUGCACGAGCGAGUCUCCAUUUCUAUAACACUAAAGAGGAUGUUGAUGCCUUUAUCCACGCACUGGUUGACACCAUUAACUUCUUCUCUUCUUUCAAGUAGAGAGGUAUCCUUUCAUAGUUCCCUUCCCAACUUACAUAUGUUAGUUUCUCGACUUCUCACCUUAUUAUGGUGAAUGAAUGCCUUGUGGCCCUCCAUUAUAUGUUGAUUUGGUUCAAAGCUUUGGUUUAUUAAA